AUGCUUAGAAGAAACAGUCAACGAUUAUGCAAGUUUGCUGCAUGCUUAGCGGUACUGGCCGUCGUUUGUUAUGCGUUUGGAAAAUGCGAUGACUUCGUCCCAGUGUUAUUUAAAAAACUCGAUGGGUUUACCGACCAAUUCAACAAGCUUUUACCGCAGUUAAAUACAAUGCUAAAAUCCCGUUUAAACUACACGGCAUUGGCAUCGAGACAGCAGGGGAACAAGUAUGAUUUGAAGCCAGAAGACGGAUCGUAUUUGAGGGCGGGAAACGAUGAGAAGCCUGCACAGAUUACAAACGAUCGUGACGUUUAUGUCAAAGUUCAAAAUCCAGGCAAAGACAAUACUCAAAGCAAACAAGAACUUAAAGAUUCAGAAAAUAACUUUUUAAGGGAAUCAGAUUUUAUCAAAGUGUUUGCCAAGUUCACAGAAAGACAGAAUGUCGAGGCAGGACGAAGGCAGAGUCAGUUUGAGAAUCUUUUGAAGAAUUUAACUAGAAUUCUCGUAGACAUUCACCAGAGAGAACAAGAAGAUAGUUUUAGAAUUGCAGGUAACGAAAACGAACGUGAACAAAAUGAGAGAUCGAGUGAAUUAACGAUAAAGAAACCAAAUUAUUUUAACGAGAGUGAACCGUUAACGUUGAAAAGAAGACUGUUCACUAGUCAAAUUCAUACGAAACAGCCUCAUAAAACGCCACAUGAAGAAUUAACAGUCAGAAAUGAUAAGUCUGCUAAAAUUCUUCCCAAAACGGACUUGUUUGAACCAUAUUCUACAUCCGCUUUAAAAGUCAACUACCCAAUCAGUAAAACAGAAAAGCUAGUUAAAUUGAGGGAAAAGAGUAUUACAACUAGAUCUUCUUACAACGCUUUAACUACGGAAGCAAACCUGUCGUGGACAAAAACUAAUACUAAAAGACAAAUAACAACAGCAAUAAAAAACCUUACAACUUUUAAACCAGCCAAACUUUUAUUGGAUCAAAACACUCUUAAUCGCCGUGCCGAGAUAUUUUUAAGAAAAAUGAAAAAUUUCGGACUUACGUACAACGAAAGCCUUUUCUACUACAAAGGCCAACCAAAUUCUGGUAUCUUUUACAGAGAAGUGUCACCGGUUACAGCAGUCAGAAAUAAACUGACAAUUUUCUUAUUGCACGAUUCCCACUACGAUUCCCAAACCUGGUUAAGUAUUGGCACUUUGUAUUCUUUAGCAACGCACGGGUACAGAGUCAUUGCUCUAGACCUACCAGGACAUGGCAAGUCGAAAAACGUAUCGGAGCCUCCCAAUAGUAUCGAAAAGCUAAAAUUACUGGUGACUUUUAUGCUGGCAGUUACCCCUAAAAGUCCCCGAGUCAUUGUGUCGCCUGGCGAAAGUGGUUUGUAUUCGGUUCCCAUGGUGAUGUCCGCGUCAGUGAUGCUGAAAGGUGUGGUAUUUAUUUCCACAGCUUAUACGGGAAAAUACCCCGCAUCAACGUACGAGAAUGUGCAGCUACCGGCAUUAGUAGUCUACGGGGGAAAUGAUGACAUGACACCCCUUGGAGAAUUUAUAGAAAGCAUGAAUCGUUUACCUAAUUCAGGAAGGUUUCGUUCCAUUCAAAAUGCUGGUCAUGAUUGUCACAUGGAACAGCCUGAUGUUUUUCAUGAAUUAAUGACUGAUUUUUUACUGAAGGUCUCACAAAGAGAUAAAACACGGAAACACGUUCGUUCACAAAAACAUAGAUAG